AUGCGUUUCUCACGCCGCUCCAUUCCGGGCACCAUCUCGUCGACGGAGGACACCCCUCCUGUCUCCGUCACCACCACCACUACCACCACAUCUAGGGACGGGAACAUGGGUUCCUCGGGAUUUUCAAACUUCGCAAAGACCAUCCUCCUCCCCAUGUUCGUCUCACUAGUGCUGUACCUCCUAAUCUUCCACGCGCUACUACCUUUGUACCGACGACACCGGGCACGCUAUUCACAAUACCUACCACUACAAGCCGCCUCCAACACGAUAUCCUCACACCUCCCAGAGUUCCUACAAGGCCUCUCUCUCCGAGACCGGCUCUCGCACGCAUUCAUCCGUGUUUUCCUGCCCUCGACAUGGGCGAUCCGCAACCGCUUCACAGCGCGCCGUGACAGCGUGAUCAGCGCAGACGGGGAGCUGUUCGACGAGGAAUCUGGCGAGGCGAUGGUCGGAUUCGACGUGCAGGAGCGCAACCGGCGGCGUGACGGUAUGGAGCGGCAGGUUUCGAACAUGGAUGCCGCGACCAGGACGGUCGCUCGCGGGAGCACCAGGCCGAUGGGCCCGCCGCCGCCGCUGUCAUCCUCAGCACCUCAUGCUGCUGGACGAGGGGAUGUCGACUCCAACCGCCGUCUGAGCCGUGAGUUGGAAGAAGGCUUCUGCGAUGACAGUGACGACGACGAGGCCGAAGAGGUAAACACCACGCAGAUUAGAGUCGGUCGGCCCCGACCCACCGACACCGCACGGCGAGACUAUAUCGCUGCCAUUUCCAUCUCGUCCUAG